AAAUUUACUAUAAAACGUUGGCCGUAUGACCGAUUGAGACUAGUUAAUAUCCGUCCACUUUGAGUUGUGGCACUACUUUAACUAACUUCAAAAUGAUUUUCACUAAAAUUAGUUUGAGUGUAGCAUUGCUUCUGGUUGUCUCCAGCCAAUUUACUGCUGGUCAAUUUAAUCCUAAUUACCAAUCCGGCAGAAAUACCAUUGUACAUUUGUUCGAAUGGAAAUGGGAUGACAUUGCAGCAGAAUGUGAAAACUUCUUAGGUCCAAAUGGUUAUGCCGGUGUACAAGUUUCACCAGUCAAUGAAAAUGUUGUUUCUGGUGGUCGUCCAUGGUGGGAACGUUAUCAACCAAUGUCAUACUUAUUGGUGACUCGUUCCGGUAAUGAAGCCCAAUUCGCAAGCAUGGUUAAACGUUGCAACAAUGCCGGUGUACGCAUUUAUGUGGAUGUUGUCUUCAAUCAUAUGGCCGCAUCUGGUAGCAAUGUUGGAACUGCUGGAUCUACUGCUAAUCCAGACAGCAAAAGCUUCCCUGCCGUUCCUUAUUCGUCUUUGGACUUUAACCCCACUUGUGCCAUCACCAAUUACAAUAAUGCUGAAAAUAUUCGUAAUUGCGAACUGGUCGGCCUUAAGGAUUUGAAUCAAGGCAACAGUUAUGUACAAGACCGUAUUGUAGAUUUCUUGAACAAAUUGAUUUCAUUGGGUGUAGCUGGUUUCCGUGUUGAUGCUGCUAAACACAUGUGGCCUUCACAUAUGAAGAUCAUUUUCAAUCGUCUUAACAACUUAAGUACAAGUCAUGGUUUCGCCUCCAAUUCACGUCCUUUCAUUUUCCAAGAAGUUAUUGAUAUGGGCAGUGAAGCAAUUUCCAAAUACGAAUACACAGGUCUUGGUACAGUUACUGAGUUCCGCUUCUCGGAUUCCAUUGGUAAAGCAUUCCGUGGUAAAGAUCAAUUACGUUGGCUCGUCAAUUGGGGUACCGAUUGGGGUUUCUUACCUUCUGAUUUGGCUUUGGUAUUCGUUGAUAAUCAUGAUAAUCAACGUGGUCAUGGUGCCGGUGGUGCUGAUGUUCUUACCUACAAAACAUCUAAGCAAUACAAAAUGGCUACUGCUUUCAUGUUAGCACAUCCAUUUGGUAUUUCACGUGUUAUGUCUUCAUUCGCUUUCGAUGACACCGAUCAAGGUCCACCAACAACUGAUGGUAAUACUAUUAGGAGUCCUAGUUUCAAUGCUGAUGGCUCUUGCAACGGUGGUUGGGUUUGUGAACAUCGUUGGCGUCAAAUUUACAAUAUGGUUGGUUUUAAGAAUGCCGUUGCUGGCACUGGUUUACAGAAUUGGUGGGAUAAUGGAAGCAACCAAAUUGCUUUCUGCCGCGGCAGCAAGGGUUUCGUUGCCUUCAACAACGAUUCUUAUGAUUUGAAUUCUUCAAUACAAACCUGCUUACCUGCUGGUACUUAUUGCGAUGUUAUUUCCGGCAGCAAAUCUGGUUCAAGUUGUACUGGAAAAUCGGUUGUGGUUGGUUCUGAUGGACGUGCUACCAUCACUAUUAGAACUAGCGAACAAGAUGGUGUAUUGGCUAUUCAUGCUAACUCCAAAUUGUAAAUUAUUAAACAAUACUUAUUAAAAUAAAGUUUGCAUUUUUUACAUUAAAAUAUAA